CUUUUUUUUCCUUCUCCUUUUUCACCCUCUCUCCCCCUUUCUCCAGCUCCGUGUCAUUUCCUCCUUGCGCUCGCUCACUGCCCCAGCGUCUCCAGCCGGGAGAGUGGGCGGAGCAGGGCGGUGCAGGGUGGCGUAGCGCUGGAGGGCGAUGGUGGCGGAGCUGCUGGGGGCGGAGGCAACGUAGCCCCCGCGGAAAAGGAGCCCCGCGGCGCCUGAGUCGAGCGGAGGAUGGAGAACCGGCCUGGGUCCUUCCAGUACGUCCCUGUGCAGCUGCAAGGGGGGGCGCCCUGGGGCUUCACCCUUAAGGGGGGUCUGGAACACUGCGAACCGCUCACAGUGUCUAAGAUUGAAGAUGGGGGCAAGGCAGCCUUGUCCCAGAAGAUGAGGACUGGUGAUGAGCUGGUGAAUAUCAAUGGCACUCCAUUGUAUGGCUCCCGACAAGAGGCCCUGAUCCUUAUCAAAGGCUCCUUCCGGAUCCUCAAGCUGAUUGUCAGGAGGAGAAACGCCCCUGUCAGUAGGCCGCACUCAUGGCAUGUGGCCAAGCUGCUGGAGGGAUGCCCUGAAGCGGCCACCACCAUGCAUUUCCCUUCUGAAGCCUUCAGCUUGUCCUGGCAUUCCGGCUGCAACACAAGUGACGUGUGUGUGCAGUGGUGUCCACUCUCCCGGCACUGCAGCACUGAGAAAAGCAGCUCCAUUGGCAGCAUGGAGAGCCUUGAGCAACCAGGCCAAGCCACAUAUGAGGGCCACCUCUUGCCCAUUGACCAGAACAUGUACCCCAACCAGCGUGACUCGGCCUACAGCUCUUUCUCAGCCAGCUCAAAUGCCUCUGACUGUGCCCUUUCCCUCAAGCCAGAGGAGCCAGCCUCUGCCGACUGCAUCAUGCAAGGCUCAGGGCCAACUAAGGCCCCUACUGGCCGGCCUAAUGUGGCUGAGACCUCAGGAGGUAGCCGGCGCACCAAUGGGGGCCACCUGACUCCCAGCUCCCAGAUGUCAUCUCACUCACAGGAGGUCCACCACUCAGGGCCUGCCAAGGCUACCAGGGGCCCACCUCAACCUCCAGUGAGGCGAGACAGUCUUCAGGCCUCCAGAGCCCAGCUCCUCAAUGGAGAGCAGCGCAGGGCUUCUGAGCCUGUGAACUCCUUGCAGCAGAAGGAAAAACCGAGCUUGGACACUGUGCUAUUCCCAAGAAAUCCUAACAGGUUCUGCUGCCUCAGCGGGCAAGACCAAGUGACAAAUGAGGGCCAUCAGAACUGUGAACUCAGCCAACCUCCUGAACCCAGCCAGCAGGGCUCUGAGCAUCUACUGAUGGAGACCUCAGCCAAAGCUGUUGGAUUCCCAAAAGCAUGUGACAAAGCUUCCAGCAUGGAUUCCAGCCCACUCAACAAGGCUUCAGCAGAGCUAGCUAAGGCUUCUUCUUUUGGCAGCCCUCCAUACCUCAGAGGACCCACAGGGCAUCGCCAUAGUGCCCCCGAACAGCUGCUGGCAUCCCACUUACAGCGUGUGCACCUUGAUACCAGGGGCAGCAAGGGGAUGGAGCUCCCAACUAGGCGAGAUGGGCACGAGUGUACUCUGUCUCCUUUGCAUGGCAGCCACACAGGGAAGAAAAGUCCAUGUCCCUCUGCAGGAGGAACCCAGGACCAUCCCAGCAAAGAGAAAAAGACCAGGCCAGUGGAUGAUAGGCCUUUAGGUUCGGGGCACCAAAGCCCAAGCAGUUCCCCACAUGGAGAGGCUGAUGGACACCCUCCAGAAAGAGGUUUCCAGGACCCAAAGAGAGCAAACAGAACAGGCAGUGAAUUGGCUAGCCAGCUGCCCUCUGCCUCUGACUCCCUUGUUCAACAAACCAGGGACUGUUGUUCAACCACUAAAGUACCUGGAAACACAGAGGCAACUGAAGAAAGGGACAAUGAGCCCAAGGAGUGUGGCCGGGUGGUUGGUAGGCAAAAUGGAGGGACCCGGGGCCGCUCAAUCCAAAACCGGCGGAAGAGUGAGCGUUUUGCUACCAAUCUGCGUAAUGAAAUUCAGAGGAGGAAGGCUCAGCUCCAGAAAAGUAAGAGUCCCUUGUCACAGCUGUGUGACACUAAGCAGCCAGUGGAAGAAACCGAGGAGUCCCUAGAAAAUCCUUCACUUCCUGCGUCUAACUCGUCUCUUCUGUCUUCAUAUAAAAAACCACCUAGCCCCAGAGACAAGCUCUUCAACAAGAACAUAAUACUCAGGGCUAGGUCUUCAGAGUGCCUCAGCCAGGCCUCUGAGAGCCAUGAACCUAGGACAGGCUUGGAGGGACGAAUAAGCCCUAGUCAGAGGCCUGGCCAGUCCUCUUUGAGCCUGAACACCUGGUGGAAAGCAUCUGACCCACCCUCCUCAGACUCUGAGAAAACAAAUGUUCAUUGUGGAGUCCGUGGAGGUCAUUGGAGAUGGUCUCCAGAGCACAACCUGCAGCCACAUGUGGCACUAGCCAUGGAAGCCCCUUCCAACCCAGGCGACAACAAAGAAUUGAAGACUUCUACUGCCCAAGCUGGGGAGGAAGCCAUCCUCUUGCCCUUUGCAGACAGAAGAAGGUUCUUUGAAGAGAGUAGCAAAUCCUUAUCUACAUCUCAUUUGCCAGGUUUAACCACUCAUAGCAACAAGACCUUUACCCAGAGAUCAAAACCUAUAGAUCAAAACUUCCAGCCAAUGAGCUCCACCUAUAGAGAAUUGAGGCACCAUCCCAUGGACCAAUCAUAUCAUUCCUCAGACCAACCAUAUCAUGCCACAGACCAAUCAUAUCAUUCCAUGUCACCCCUUCAGUCAGAAACUCCCACUUACUCAGAAUGUUUUGCGAGCAAAGGUCUAGAACAAUCCAUGUGUUGUAAGCCACUGCACUGCGGUGAUUUCGAUUACCACAGGACCUGCUCUUAUUCCUGCAACGUCCAGGGAGCUGUAGUCCAUGACCCUUGCGUUUAUUGUUCUGGGGAAAUCUGCCCUGCUCUGCGAAAGAGAAAUAUGAUGCCAAACUGCUACAACUGCCGGUGCCACCACCACCAAUGCAUCCGGCGUUCAGCUUGCCAUCAUAAUCCCCAGCACAGUACCCUCGAGGACAGCAGCUUGGCACCUGGCAACACUUGGAAACCCAGGAAGCUGACAGUGCAGGAAUUUCCUGGGGACAAAUGGAAACCAAUAACAGGAAACAGGAAGACCAGCCAGUCAGGGAGGGAAAUGGCUCAUUCCAAGGCUAGCUUUUCAUGGGCGACCCCCUUCCAUCCUUGCCUUGAGAACCCAGCACUGGACUUGUCAAGCUACCGAGCAAUCUCUUCUCUUGACCUCCUGGGAGACUUCAAGCACUCCUCGAAAAAGACAGAGGAAACUUCAGUUUAUGAGGAGGGGAGCUCCAUGACCUCAGUGCCCCGCCCGCUGCGCAGCCGUGCCUUCUCAGAGAGCCAUAUCAGCUUAGAGCCCCAGAGCUCCCGGGCCUGGGGGCAGCAUAGGAGGGAGAUCUGUACCAAAGUUGAUGAGACCCAGCCAGAUCCUCUGGGAGCCAGGAAGAAGGGCUUUCCUCCUCCUCGCCCUCCUCCUCCCAACUGGGAGAAGUAUAGGCUCUUCCGUGCAGCCCAGCAGCAGCAACAGCAGCAGCAGAAGCAGCAACAGCAACAACAGCAGCAAGAGGAGGAGGAAGAAGAGGAGGAGGAGGAGGGGGUGGAGGAGGAGGAGGAGAGGGAGGAGGAGGAGCUACCACCCCAGUAUUUCAGUUCAGAAACCACUAGUUCCUGUGCCCUCAAUCCUGAGGAGGUCCUCGAGCAGCCACAACCCCUGGGCUUUGGCCAUCUGGAGGCCUCAAAGCAAGGCUCACAAAGCCUCCCAGCAGAGCAAGAGUCCUUCAUUGUCCAUUCCAGUGAUUUCCCGCCUUCAAUAAGGGGCCACUUGGGAUCUCAACCUGAGAAGGCUCAGCCCCCUUGCUAUUAUGGCAUUGGUGGGCUUUGGAGAACAUCAGAGCAGGAGACCACUGAUUCCCCCAAACCAGAAGCCUUGAUGACAGAAGAGUCCAAACCCAAGCCAGCAUGGAGCCAGAGCUACCUCUUUCCCGAGGAGCAGUUCUCUUUUAUGGGCUGGGGCUCUGAGAGGCAGCAGCUCAGCCCCGCCGGCUUCAGUGAACCCAAGACAACAGGGUCUGCUGCUACACUUGUCAAGCCCCCGGGUGCCACUGGUUCCAUUUCUUCCCCAUUUCAUUCUGCAACCAUGGAGGAGGCUGGGGCCAUUGGGGAUAUGCCAGAAGUGGAGAGAUGCUAUCCCUUCUCAGGCCAAAGGCCUGCUCCACAGCAGGCAGUCUUAGAAGAGCUCAUGAGAGAUGUGGUGGGCCGUGACAAGUCCCUGGCAGGGUUGCUAACCCCGGCCUCCAACAUGGUGACCACUGCUGAGGUCAUGGGUGACCUCUUUGCUGUGGGAGAUCUGCAGUGGAGGGGCCAUUUCAAGCAGGAGUGGCACCAGCAGGAAAGAAGAAAUGAUGAGACUGUCCAGGAAAGCUACAGGGUGCCUUUACAAGAGUUUCAGCACUUCUCACCUCCUCAGGGGGCCCCAGGGAUCCCUACCUCUUACUCAGCUUAUUACAAUAUUUCUGUGGCCAAGGCAGAGCUGCUGAAUAAGUUGAAAGACCAGCCCGAGAUGGCAGAGAUUGGCCUGGGAGAGGAGGAAGUUGACCAUGAACUGGCUCAAAAAAAGAUACAGCUUAUUGAAAGCAUUGGCAGAAAACUUUCUGUCCUGCGGGAGGCCCAGCGAGGACUGCUGGAGGACAUCAGUGCCAAUUCUGCCCUUGGGGAAGAGGUGGAAGCCAACCUAAAAGCCGUCUGCAAAUCCAAUGAGUUUGAAAAAUAUCAUUUGUUUAUCGGGGACCUGGACAAAGUGGUCAACCUGUUGCUGUCACUGUCUGGACGACUGGCCCGGGUGGAGAAUGCUCUCAACAGCAUCGAUUCAGAGGCCAACCAGGAGAAGUUGGUGCUGAUAGAGAAAAAGCAGCAACUGACAGGGCAGUUGGCAGAUGCCAAGGAGCUGAAGGAGCACGUGGACCGCCGGGAGAAGUUGGUGUUUGGCAUGGUCUCCCGCUACCUGCCUCAAGACCAGCUCCAAGAUUACCAGCACUUUGUAAAGAUGAAAUCUGCUCUCAUCAUUGAACAGCGAGAGCUGGAAGAGAAGAUCAAGCUUGGGGAAGAGCAGCUCAAAUGUCUCAGGGAGAGCCUACUCCUGGGGCCCAGCAAUUUCUAAUUCUGCCAGCAGACUGCCCACACCAUCCCCGCCCAGCCACAAUGGGAAAUGCUUUCAGUCUUCGUUAGCAGUUUGUUAGCAAUUAGAUAGCAGUUAGCAGCAGUUUGUUCCAUAUCCUCUACCCUGGACGUCUCUCACUGCCCCUUACAUAGCAGUGCUCCCAACCAGCCAGGAGACCCUGUGGAGUAGAAGCAAGAAGUAGGAGCUACAGCAAGAUGUGAUCAUACAACCACACUCUCCUUCCCACAGUUUGCAUGGGCAAGCACUCACCACACACAGAACCAACAAAGUGCCUUCAUUCUUCUUAGUACUAAGACACCAAAGACAUCAUAUGCUCACCACCCAUCCACACUGUAAUCAGCCUCUCAAGACUCAGAGAGAAGCUGCCUGUGUAGCUCCACUCUGCCCCAAGGCUCGUGACCCAGCCAUUUCCCACAGAGAUCUGGCUGUCUUGAGGGCAUUCACCUACCACCAGUUUCAGGGCCUCACCCAAGCUUUGCAGCAGGAAGCAGAGAAGGAGGAAUUACACUUAACAGAAUGUGAGCAAAGGUUGGGGAUCCCCAGGUACCCUGCUGGAAGGAGCUAGGCUUAAACAAAUGGGCUCCACUCUCACCUUCCCCAGCAUCUAGUUGAGGGGGAAGAGGCCUACUUUCAGCCCAGGCUAAUGUGGCCCUCCUCCUCUCCUAAGACUUUUGGCCUACUGCUUCCUGUUUCAUCUUGCCUUUACAUUGCUUGGGGUUACAGUUGCCUACCCUAAGGGCUUCACACUACAGGCCAUUAAUAGCUCUACUAAAGCUGACUUCUGGAUACAUGUUUCAUUAUUGGGGGGAGGGGGUUCUUAUUCUUAUAUUUUAAAUGGCCUUUUGAAUUUAUUUAUUUUUAUGUUUUGACUGUUUUUUUCUUUGUUAACUAAUAAGGUAAGAAGAGGGGAGUUGGAGAGGGAAAAGUUAGCCCAGAAGGAAAGCAUUUCUGCAAAUCAGCCUGAAUUCACCAUGGCUAGGUAAGCGAGUGCCAAGGCCUUGAAUUCUUCUCACUAUAGCUGACAAGUGUCUAAGAAAGGAGUUCUCACCUUGAACUCAGAGCUUCCCUACUGUGGCCUGGUCCUAUACUUCCCUUGAAGUCUGGAUGACCGUGAGCUUACCAUUCCCCAACAGGGUUCAAUUAUUUCUUACUUAAUUUUUCUUGAAACCAAAGAAAUCUGUAACUGACAAAGGUUCACCCAUUUCUCUACCAUCUCCAAGCUAAGGAAUGGGUAGAGGUGAGCUCAGGAGGAGCUCCUCUAUCUUAACAAUUGCUUUCUCAGCCUGUGACCUGGCUCAGGGAACCAAAACUCAUAAUAGCUGGAAUCUCCAGCCAGGGCCAGCCCCCAAGAGCAAAUUAUGAUCCAGCCAGGAUCUUAGGCACACAAACAACUAAUGCUGCUGCUGACACCAGUAGCCAGUUUCUAUCUUGGAAAAGCCCUCAGGUGGGCAAUGGCAGGAAGGGAGUUGUGGCCAAACUCUGCCCUGUUAUCCGGGUCAAUUCCCUAUUCCUUGCUAACUGGGGCCCAUGCUUGGUAUUGCAUAGCCCUGCCCAGCAAACCCUGGUAUCUCUUCUAGUUACUGCUGAGUUCCUCAGAGUCCUUGGAGGUUAACUGUAGCAGCAAGGGUGCCUCAUUCAACCAAAGAAUUUGCCAAGAAACUUUGCUGCUGCUACAAAUACUGGUCCCUAGCUUCCGGUUCCUCUUCAUUGUAUUUGAAAACAAUGGAAGAAUCUUGGCCAGCAGGGUGUCCUGAGGGGAGCCCUGGGUAUGCUCUUAGUACACUGCUGCUGUUAAAAUGUCAACCUGCCGUUAUCCCCUCAAGUGGAGGAUUCUACUCUAUUCAGGAAGAUGAAUGGUUUGUAAAGGGCUAGGCUUACCCAAGCCAAGGUUGAGGAAGCAGGGGAGUGCUUUGAAUAGAGGCUGUGGUGCCAUCUUUUUUGGUUUUUAUAGGCUCUAGGACAAACAAUGAGCAAGUUGAGAUGCCCUGUAUUGGGAUGAAGCCAAUGUAGUCCAUCAUUCUAAGGUUUUUUUCUUUUGGCUAGAACAGCUUUUUGGGAAUAUAGGCCCAGGGAAAAGAGUGGUCACUUACCUGAACACCAUGACCAUGGUCUGGGAUUUUCUUGUCAGCGUUAGAUUGGUUUAGCACACUAAAAGUACUAUUGACUCUGUUAUUUGUGUCCCUUAUCCCACCUCAAAUUAUUCUACAGUUGGAAUCAGAGCAUAAGGAUGCUCAUUUUUACAUGGAAGGACAGUUUCCAAAGCGCUCCCCAAAACUAUAUUGAGCAGUGAAGCUCGAAAGACAGAGGUGAACUUCUAAACAGGCACUGAUGCCCUGCACUGCUAAUGUAGCAGUCCCAUUGUCAGUGAUAGUGCUGCAAAGCCGCCAGUAUUACUUGAGAUGCAGUGUCUCUCCCCCAUUCUCAUUUCCUGGGCUCAGCCCUCUACCAAGGCCUGCCAGGGAGUAGCAAUUUGGAAGGCAGACCCAAGGUUUCCCAAAGACUGUUAUUGGUCUUGACUUCUGCCUUCUCCCUUCAAAUACUCAUACAGGCCCCAGUGGGUAAUAGGUAAGCAGAGUGGUUGAUAUAGAGAGAGGAACCAGUGUGGGAGUUACUAUCACAUGUCUUCCUUACUCCCUCCAUCUCCCGCUGGCUCCCAGGGCUCUGGGUAAUUGAGUCUUCUUGAGUCCCACCAGCUGCAGACCCAGCCAGUAUAUAGCAGUAAAUGCUCAAGGGGAACGCAAAAGAAAGAGACACAGCGACACUGAAAAUAAAGCCCUAGAAAGGGAGAGACAGGAAGCAGAGGAACAGAGAGGGAGAAAAGAUGAAAAGCCUCUUUAAAGACCAGGUUCAGGCUCUGUUUUCCAUUAACCUCAUGUGCCAAAAAGCUGCCCAGGGGCACCAGAGCCAAACCUUAACCCCAGCCUCCCUGAAGGUGCUGCUCUGCCAGUAGCAGGCCCCAGAUGGAAGAAGCUGGGCACAUUUCUGGCCACUUCCUCCAGUCUGGAGCUUGGUGACUCUCUCUGUCUUUGCCAAAGGAGUUGUCUAUGCCAAUAAUAUUUCUGUAACAGCAUAUUGUAUUCUUUGAAGAUUAGUAGAUCUUUAGAGGGGGGUGGGGCAGGGGGCAAUUUCUAUAGAUAAAGAACCAGUGUUUGUUGUACAACUGUUGGGGGUCAUCUAUCCCAUGUGAAGCUAUUAUUUUUCUGAAUCUUAUUGUUCCUGCAUUUGUGUCCUCCACCACUCCCUUCUUGGCUGACAUUGAUAUGCCUGCCAGAUUGUCAUCAAGGGUCAUACUUCAAUAAAAGGUGCUAAGGACAAAAAAUAUA